AUGACCGCGCGAGGCGCCGCCGGGCGCUGCCCUUCUACGACAUGGCUGGGCCCCCAGCUGCUGUUGGCCUGUCUCCUGCUGAGCAGGAGUGUUACCGAGGAGGUGCCGGAGCACUGUAGCCAUAUUAUUGGGAAUGGCCACCUGACGAUCCUACAGAACCUGAUUGACAGUCAGAUGCAGACCUCGUGCCAAAUUGCCUUUGAGUUUGUAGACCCGGACCAGUUGGAUGAUCCCGUGUGCUACCUUAAGAAGGCAUUUCUCCUGGUGCAAGACAUAAUGGAGGACACUUUGCGUUUCAAAGACAACACCCCCAAUGCUAAUAAAAUCGUGCAACUCCAGGAACUUUCUUUGAGGUUACAGAGCUGCUUCACCAAGGAUCAUGAAGAACAGGACAAGGCCUGUGUCCGAACUUUCUAUGAGACACCCCUCCAGUUGCUGGAGAAGAUCAAGAAUGUCUUUAAUGAAACAAAGAAUCUCCUUAAAGAAGACUGGAAAGUUUUCAGCAAGAACUGCAGUGACAGCUUUGCUAAAUGCUCCAGCCAAAAUGUGGUGACCAAGCCUGAUUGCAACUGCCUAUACCCUAAAGCCAUCCCUAGCAGUGACCCAGCCUCUGUCUCCCCUCACCAGCCCCGUGCCCCCUCUGCAGCCCCUAUGGCUGGAUUGAGCUGGGCUGACUCUGAGGGGGCAGAGGGCAGCUCCCUCUUGCCCAGUGAGCAACCCCUUCAUGCGGUGGACCCAGGCAGUGCCAAGCAGCGACCACCCAGGAGCACCUGCCAGAGUUUUGAGCCUCCGGAGCCUCCAGGUGUCAAGGGCAACCCCACCACUGGUUUACCUCAGCCCCACCCAUCUGAUGGGGCCCCCAUCUCUGGGAUGGAGGAUGUUCUUGACUCUGUGUUGGGCACUAACUGGGCCCUAGAAGAAGCCUCUGGAGAGGCUAGUGAGGGUCCUAUACCCCAAGGAGCUGACCUUUCACCCUCCAGGCCAGGAGAGGGCAGUGUCCAGGAAGAGAAAGCCGCACCCAGCGACCUCCCCUCAACAUCUUCUCCACUUGCGGCAUCAGCAGAGGCCCGGGAGCUGGCAGAUGUAACUGGCACCCACUUGAAUAGUGCAGGCCCUGUCCAGCCCAUGGGCCAAGCCUGGAAUCGCACACCUGAGAAGAUGGGCAGUCCAUUGGCCGUGCCCAGAGAUCAUCAGGAGCCAGGAUUGCCCAGGAUUCCAUCGCUGCACCCACAAGGCCUCAGCAGACCCUCUACCCCCUCUGCUCAGCCAAGGCUUCCCAGAAGCCACUCAAGGAGCAGUGUGCUGCCCCUUGGGGAGCUGGAGGGCAAGAGGAGCACCAGGGAUCGGAGGAGCCCCACAGAGCUGGAAGGACAAGCGAGUGAGGGGAAGGCCAGGCCCCAGGCCCGUUUUAACCCCGUUCCUUUGACUGACACAGGCCAUGAGAGGCAACAUGUGAGACCCUCCGACCCCCAGCUCCCUGGGUUUGUCUUCCGCCUGCUGGUGCCCAGCAUCAUCCUGGUCUUGCUGGCUGUUGGCGGCCUCCUGUUCUACAGGCGGAGGCGGCGGAGCCAUCGAGAAUCUCAGACAGUGGAAUCUUCCUUGGAACAGCCAGAGGGCAGCCCCCUGACCCAGGAUGAGGACAGACAGGUGGAACUGCCAGUGUAG